AUGACCCAAUACAAGCGAUUUUCGGCUGUCGUCGAUGCAAUGGCAGGAUACGAUAAUCUUCUUGGGCUACUUAUCGGCGAUGAUGUGAUCGAUUAUAGCACAUCUGGAAAGGAUGACGAAGACACUCUAGCCCCUUCAUUAAAAGCCGCUGUCCGAGAUAUGAAAGCUUACAGUGCUGCGCGAGAUUAUCGUACCAUACCUUUUGGAUAUUUCGGCAAUGACGAUGCCACAAUUCGAGAGGCUUUGGCCAACUACUUGGUCUGCGGAGGAAACAGCAGCGAAACCAUCGAUUUCUAUGGUCUUAACUUAUUUUCAUGGUGCGGAGACAGUUCAUACGCCAAGUCCGGCUACGAUGGAACAAAUUCCAGGUUUGGGGCACUGGGUGUGCCUGUUUUUCUCUCGGAGGACGGGUGCAAUGUGAUACGGCCACGCAAAUUCACGGAUCAGGCUGUGGUCUUUGGAUCCGAAAUGUCAGGCAAUUGGAGCGGUGCCGUUAUUUACGAGUGGCGCGAAACUGAAUAUGAGUACGGUUUGGCAAAUUAUACAUCCACAGCCCCUGCAUCUGGUGCUAGCACUCCAACCCUGCUCCCAGAUUAUACCAACUUGAAAAGUCAAUGGGCUUCGGUGACUUCGAAUACUCACUCGCCUACUACAUUCGCUACACCAUCCUGUCCAUCGCAGAGUAGCUCAUAUUGGACUUUGGACCCUAGCGUCACAUUGCCGACGAUCGCCGGUCUUAAUAUUGCAACCAUCACACCCACCAGCGAGUCCGCAACUCCGACCACAGUUUCCAGCAGCACUUCAACACCCGAGCCUACCCAACAUAGCGAGAGUGGACUUUCAGGAGGCUCCAAAGCCGGCAUUGGCGUUGGAGUGGGUGGAGGUGUGCUAUUGAUUGUGGUAGUGGUGGUUUUGUUUUUCUACCGCCGCAGAAAGAAUGCCUUGUCCAAUUCGCCUGAUCAAGGAAGUACAGUAGAGCUGCCAGUGGCAACUCCCACAGCCGAAUUACCAGGUAUGGGGAUUGUUGCCCAACUGCCCGGAUCAGGGAAUGUGGCGGAGAUGAACGCUGGUGAUGCGACACAUGUCAAUGAGUUGCAAGGCUCCGAUCCAUGGAAUGGACCACAUGAGCUCAACGAUAGCUCUGUCCAUGAGUCUAGUGACGGACAAAGAACUUCCCUUGGUACACAGCCGGCCUCUCCAGGGAUGGCCCCGGCUCGCACGGAAACAAGACCUUGA